UAUGUCCUUAUUAUUAUUAUUAAUACCAUUAAUAGGUAUAAGUCUUGUAACAAUAGAGACUAAUUAUGGUUUAAGUAUAGUAAAUAAUAUAAAGAUAAAAUCUAUAGCCUUAACAACAUCAAUAAUAAAUUUAAUAGUAUCCUUAAUAAUGUUUAUACUUUUUGAUUUUAGUAGUAAACAAUUUCAAUUUAUUGAGGAACACUAUCAAGUAAGUUAUUUUGAUAUAUAUUUAGGUGUGGAUGGUUUAUCAAUAUAUUUUAUAUUAUUAACAACUAUAAUAAUGCCAAUAGCUAUAUUAUCUAAUUGA